AGGAAAUCCCGGGAGGACGGGGAUAUAAAUCUGUGCCCCAAACGCUGAGCUUCCAACUGAGGUGAAAGUCAGGCCCGGCAGCCCUCCCCAGGUGAGAAGCAACAAGGUGAAAAAUGCAGAGCUACAGGCUACAGGGUGCCAGACUUGAGAUGUCCACUUCCUGUGUCCUCCAGAAGUUGUCGGGAGCAAUGUUCAUCGUGUACCUAUUGAUAGUGGGUGUUUCUUCCUUCACCAUUCAGCCUGAGGAACACACAGUGCCUGCAGGAAACUGCCGAUUUCGUGGCAAAUAUUUCAAAACCAACAUCGGGAUAGAAGGGGAGCCUGUGGUCCUGCAGUGCCCCCAGAUGCGGUAUUGGUUGGGGGCCUCUGCCAGACCCCAUGUCAGCCUGACAUGGCGGAAAAAUGAUUCUGCUGGGAUGGUCCCAGGGGGAGAAGAGACAGGAGUGUGGGUCCAGGAUGAUGCCAUCUGGAUUGUGCCAGCCUGGCAGGGGCACUCUGGCACCUACAUCUGCACUGUCAGAAAUGCCUCUUACUGUGAUGAAAUGUCCAUUGAGCUCAGGGUUUUUGAGAAGACAGAAGCCUCCGUGCCUUUCACCUUAUACCCGCAAAGUCUUACCUUGUCAACCGCUGGGACAUUAGUUUGCCCUGAACUGGGUCAAUUCACCCAUAACAAAACUGACAUGAAGAUUCAAUGGUACAAGGAUUCUGUCCUUUUGGAUCAAGACAACAAGAAGUUUCUAAGUGUGAAGGGAACCACUCGCUUACUCAUAAAUAAUGUGUCUGUGGAGGAUGCGGGCUAUUACAGCUGUGUUACGACGUUUGCCCAUAAAGGCACGCGAUACAACAUCACUAGGAAUAUCAAACUACAUACCAAGAUAAAAGAAGAGGAGACAGUUCCUGUGAUUAUCUCCCCUCACCAGACCAUAUUAGCUUCUCUGGGGUCGAGACUGACAAUCCCGUGUAAGGUGUUUCUGGGAACCGGCACAGACUCGGCCACCCUGCUGUGGUGGAAGGCCAACAAUACUGACAUAAAGAGCACCUACCAUGAACGCCGCGUGACCGAGGGCCAGCGCCUGGAAUACUCAGAAAAUAAUGAGAACUACAUUGAAAUACCACUGAUUUUCAACCCAGUCAUAAGAGAGGAUUUGAACACGGAUUUUACAUGUGUCGUUCGUAAUACACUGGGUAUUCAGAUGCUACAUACCACAGUCAAAGAAGGAACAGCAAAACCAAGCCAAGCAAAGCAAAGAAAAGCCUCCUGCAAAGAAACUCUCAGAGGGGCUGUCCACUGGUUCUUCAGAAACGGCCCAGCCUACAGUUAACAGCCACUGAGUGAGGCUGAGGCGUCAGGCUUCAUGGGGCCAGAAGCACCUCUGCCAGCUGCAAGGAUGAAGGGAGAGGAAGCUUUCGACAGGAGAGAAAAAAGCAAGAAUGAAGAAGAGGAAAACGACAUUUAAGCAUCUGCAAUGUGCAAAAUGUGUUUAUGUUUGACUCAAUGGAAUCCUCAGAAAAAUCCACAAGGCAAAUAUU